AUGGUUGUGUUGUACAUCCCUAACCUUCCGUUUGACCCUGCAAUCCAUCAACAUGUUGAACAUGAGCGUAAAUCUGUAAGGUCCCGUCAGUAUGACAAUGAGAGGCAAGCAUUAGAGAUUAUUCGUCAGAUUUUUGUGGGCGAAAAACCAGAUUCUGUGGAGCGAGCCUUGAUUUCCCAUAGACCUGAAACUGUUAAUGACAUCACGUUUGAUACUUACAGACCCAAAGAAUCACAAUUAGAGAACAUCCACAGAGAAUGGAUGUCACUAAUGGAUACAGCAGUGGGUCCAACAAUAGUAGAAAAAUUGCUCAACUCGAGUCUUGAAGAAGUUGAACUUUGGCAUAUAAACUGUUCCCGUUUCAUUUCUCGUAUUGAAGAAAGGUUCUUUCAUUAUUAUGACAUUUCUUCUAUUCUGACUGGUUUUAUCAAAUCCAUGCAAUUAGGAUUCGGUAUCAUCGCUUCCAACCGUGAUACAAAGAAUCAGCUUCCAUGGCUGGUAGAUCCUAUUUCGCUUAUAUCUCCUUCCUUUUUAUAUGAAGUAUUUGAGGUAUCAGGUAAGCGAUUACUGAAAACAGGAGAAGAACAGGUUCUCGAAAGUUUGUACUUAUAUGCAUUGCAAUGUGCAGUCUUCAAUAUUAAGAAGACAUCUUCAACGAGAAAUAAGGAUAACCAACCUUCGUUUUCUUUAGUCGACCUAGUUUUGAAAACAUUUUAUUAUAAAUGGUCAUUGGGUAAAAUGCGUCAGAAGGAGGAGGAAGCCGCCAAUGCUUCUAUAUUCAAGGAUAACAGCGAGCAGGAGGCCGACGAAGAUUUCAAACGUAUGUUCCCUGAUUACGAAGAAGUCAUGGAUGUGGAUGAAUCAAGCGAGAAAUCUUUCAUUGAACCACGCUCUAGAGAGUUAAUGAAUAUCCAUAAAUCUCUCUUCGAUCCCGGCGAAACGCCUUUGACUUUGAGUAACGUUGUACUUGAUGGUGUUGAAACUACUAGAAAAUUACUUCAGCAUAUUACUCCCAGUACUACAGACAAGGUUUCUGCUGCUAACAUUUUAUCUUCUUUGAUAUUCUCUCUUUCCAACAAGAUUGAAAACGUCUUUGAAAACAAGAGCGGCCCUAUCAAUUUUUAUCAUGAUUCUAAACAGGACGAAACGGAUCGAGUAACUGAGCUUGCUAAGGCUAUUCGCAAUAGAAUCAAAAAUUUGUUAGAAAGAUGGCCGGAACAUUCAACGCUGCAAAACAUCGCCGUUUCAUGUGAAGAACUGUUAGCUUAUCCUUGCACUGCUCCUAUUGCUCGGUUGUUACAGAAACUGGAACAAAUACUCACAUUUCUUCACGAGUGGGAGGCAUAUGCCAGUAGGGAGGUGUCCGUUUCUAGUUUUAUUGACCAAGUCGUUUCACUGAUUAUUUCGUGGCGAAAGCUUGAACUUUCUACAUGGGCCGGGCUCCUUCGAUCUGAGGAGGAGGCCUUCGAAACAAAAGCAUCUCAGUGGUGGUUUUACUUGUACGAGAACAUCAUUGAAAUCCCCAUGCGCCCUGAUGAUGUGGAUGCUUUAAACGUGGCCGAUUUGGUACAAACUCUUUCUGUCUUCGUCAGUGAGGCAACAUAUGGCCAGUUCGAAACUUAUCUUGUGUUAUUAAUAACUUUCUCCAAGCAUGCGAAGUCGCUUGCAGUAUCUGAUCCAAAGUUAGACUUGAUCUCGAACGCUGUCUUGAACGUCGUGACCUUUUAUCGCCAGUAUCUCCCUCAGGUUGAAACUGACAUUCUGGAAUUUAAGAAAACACUAAAGAAAGAAAUGAAUGAUGUCAUCCUUCUUGCAAGUUGGAAAGACACCAAUAUUUCUGCCCUCAAGGAAAGUGCUCGUAGAUCUCAUCACAAGCUGUUCAAAAUUGUAAGGAAAUAUCGUUCCUUCCUGGCUGGAAAGAUAACAGGCUUGGUGGACAAGCCUUCCAAGGCAAUUCCUCUAAAUGUGAACAGUCUCCCAGCCGAACUUAAGAUUGAUGGCAUUGCUCUCAAUUCUAUACAACCACAUUUAUAUGUCGCUGAGAAGUUCGAGUUCUGGCAAUCAAGGCCAAUGAGAUUGAAAGGUAUUCAUGGUACCAUCAAGUAUUUCCAGUCAAUGGCUUCUAAGAUUAAAUUGGACGAAGUGCUUUCCCUUGAACCUUUAGCAGUUAGUGCUCUUGAGGAUUCAGAUAGACUUCGGAACGCCACUCCUUCGACUGUUAACGAGGAAAACAAGAAAGUGAUUUCUUCAUUGAAAAUGGAGAAGUCCAAGACCCUAACCUUGACUUUGAAAGGACUACGGGAAGCAGGCUUGAAGUACACUGUGAAGAGAGACAUUACGAGUGCCCAAAGUAAGAUCACCCAAAUAUUAGCUUCCACAAACUCUUUGGAUGCUAUUGAUACUGGAAAAGGAGAUUCUUAUUUUUUCAAGAUUCUCGAAUUUCUGCCUAGGAUCAGAUUUGCCGUUUCAAGCAAUGAAACCGAUGUUCCUACAAAUGAUCUUCAACGUGCUUUGGCCAUUGGUGAAAAUGCCUUGUCAGUUUUAACUGCUCAGCGAACAUCUAUAUCUAUGCUCGCCAGAACAUCGAGCACUCUACAGUCAAUGGAGGAAACAGCGAAGAAAAUCACAUCAUUAUUUGAUGCAGGCGACAGAAUUUUGCCGGUUUCAGGUAUUUAUGACGACUGUCAAAGAGCUUGGCGCAUUCUGCACUGGGCUCCUGAUAUGAUAAAGUUUGUUUCGAAUGUUUGGAGUAGCCUGGUGAGCAUGGGUAAAUUUACUGAUAAUGGAGACUUCACGAAUGCUGUCAACAAAUUCGCUAACCGACUUUCUGACUUGAAACGACAGGUAUCUGAAUUUGAUGUCUUAUAUCAGUCUAAUGUCAGAACGGAGCAGUUAACUAUUGUUGUUCAGGAUAUAUUUGAGUGUGUCGCCGAGUUUAAGAUUUCCAUUGAUGGCCUUCGCAGUGAUAGCAAGUAUCAACUAGUUACUGAUACCUUGUUGAGCUGGAUUAGAUCAGUCGAUACAACUGCGGAAACUAAGGGAUUCGCCAUGCAACCUGAGUUUGAACUUGCUACUUUAAAUACUGCAGUUUGCGAUUUAUCAGAUUCAGUUUUGGUUGUAACGCAAAGCAUCCUAAAGACAUGGCAAGAAAUUGCCAACUUAUCCGCAGCUGAAGACAAUUGGUUCACCGAUUCUCAAUCCCGUUUAAUCAAGUUGGCAAAGCAAUUGCAUGGAGACAGAAUCAUUGAAAAGAUCACACAAUGUGUUAGCAUGGUAGUUUCUAUCGGAUCCCAAAACGAACUGGCUUCUGGUGAAGCAAUUUCUACUUUUGCUACUGCUUUACCAUUUGUUCAAGAGUACUUGAAACUCUUCAAACGGAUUCAUCAUUUAAUCAUCGGUAACUAUAGUGUCACUUCCAAGGCCACAUAUCUGCUACUCUCUUGCUUAAAUAAUCUGUCAACUAACGGCUUCUGUACUCCUUCGGAGGAAACCAAUGAAGUAGAUAGCGGUGCUACCAAAGAGGGUACAGGAUUAGGAGAUGGUUCUGGCGCUAAAGACCAUUCGGAAGAUAUUGAAGAUGAUGAAGAUCUUUCUGAGCAAGCUCAGAAGGAUAAUGAAGAUCAAGAAAACAAUGAUGAUAGAGAUGGUGAGGAUAAUGCCAAGGAAAUGGAAGGCGAUAUGGCUGGAAACCUUGAGGACGCCUCAGAUCAAGAAGACAAAGAUGACGAUGAGGACGAGAAUGAUGAAGAUAAUGAAGAUGAUGAGAUUGAUGAUGAAGUUGGAGAUAUCGAUGACCUUGACCCUAACGCUAUCGACGAAAAGAUGUGGGAUGAAAAGGCAGAUGAUAACAAGAAAGAGAAGGACUCUGAGAACGUUCCUGAGGGUAACUCUGACGAAAUGCAGGGACAGGAUGAUGAUGAUGAAGCCGAUAAUCAAGAGAAGCCCGACAAUCAAGACAACCAAGGUAAUGAAGGUGACAAGGAAGAGAAAGAAGAAGAUGACGAAGCAGAAGAUGAAGAGGAUGUUGGUGAACAGGAAGAUAAUGUCAAGCAGGACAAUGAAGAGCUUGAGUCUCAAGUUCCUGAAGCUGAUGCAUUAGAAUUGCCAGAGGAUAUGAACUUGGAUAAUGAAGACUUAAAUGACGAGGAAAAUGGUGAUAAUAAAGACGAGAUGGAUGAAGACAUAGAGAAUGGAGACAUGGAAGACGAUAUGGAGGAUACCAAAGAAGACCAUGAAGGUAACGAACAUGAGAAUAUCGAUCGGGAUGAUGAUGAAGACGGACAGGAAGAUGAUAACGACGAUGCUGAAGAUGUUGAAGAUUCGAACUCUAUGCAAGUAGACGAAGAGCCAGAGACUGAACAGCAUCAAGGUGAGGAGGACGAGCAAGGUGAUGCGCCGGAGGCAGAAGUUAAGGAUGAGGGUGACGCAAAGAACGGUACUGAAGAAAUGCAGAUUGAUACGGAAGGAUUGCAAGGGCCCGACAUGGCAGAUGAGGAUGACGCAAACGCCGAAGAAAGCACCACUUCUAAACAAGAGUCUUCUUCUAAAGGAGAGGGUGCUGAUUUGGAACAAUCAGAAGAGCAGAAUAAUAUGGAUGACGGUGGCGGCAAAAGUUCACUUAAGCCGAAGGAAGAGGAGCAGAGUAUCAAGGAGGAGGAAGAUUCUGCCGAUGCCGAAGAUGAGGCUCGUAAAGAGGCCAAUGACUCCAUCCAAAAACUUGGUGAUGCUAUGAAAGAGUUCUAUAGACGCCGACAGGAAAUCAAUAAGCCGUCAUCAGAUGUGAAGGAAGAGAAGCCCGAAGAUUCGGCAAAUGUUCGUCCUGAUGAAUUCGAACAUGUCGAUGGUGAGAACAGCGCACAAGAUACUCAGGCUCUGGGUGAAUCUAAUGCCGAUCAUAAACAGAAUAUCGAUGAGAAUAUGGCAAUUGAUGACGAGGUAGACGAAAUUCCUGAAGCUCAAGAACAAGAAGUCAACACCGAAGAGCCACUUGCUACGGAUGGGGAUGACCAAACUGAGGAACAGAAGGAUUCUGACCUUCAGGAUGCAUCAUCCAAGAUAACGUCUAUGGUCGGGGAGCGGGCAUCAGCUGCAAACGACGAGUGGUUGGCUGAUGAAACAGCCGACAAUCAGCAAGAUUACGAAGAUGACGAUGAUGAUCUGGAAAUUGUGGGCUCUGAUGUGAAUUCCAGCAAUGAAACCCCUUGUCGGGAACUUGACGAUGCUAGAGUUCUUUGGAAAAAGUAUGAUUCUAAUACUCAGGAGCUUGCUUUGUCGUUAUGUGAACAACUUCGACUCAUCUUAGAACCUACACAGGCAACGAAAUUGCGAGGUGAUUUCAAAACUGGUAAGAGACUGAACAUGAAGCGGAUUAUUCCAUACAUUGCGAGUUCAUUCAAGAAAGACAAGAUCUGGAUGCGACGUACGAAACCUAGUAAAAGACAAUUCCAGAUUAUGAUUGCAGUUGAUGAUUCGAAAUCUAUGAGCGAGUCGCAAUCAGUUGAUUUAGCUUUCCAAACCAUUGCAUUGGUAUCUAAAGCAUUGACAUUACUGGAAGCUGGUCAACUCGCUAUCACUAGAUUUGGUGAUAAUGCUAGAUUGUUACAUGGAUUUGAAAAACCAUUCUCUUCGGAAUCCGGUGCUGAGGUCUUGCAAUGGUUUGGCUUUGAGCAGCAACGUACAGAUGUCCAGAAACUGCUGAGUAGUUCGCUCCAGCUCUUUGAGACUGCUAAAUACUCAGCUCGUCAAGACUUGUGGCAGCUGGAAAUUAUCAUUAGUGACGGUAUCUGCGAAGACCAUGAGGCUCUUCGUAGACUUGUGAGACGGGCUCAAGAAGAGCGUAUCAUGUUGGUAUUUGUGAUUGUUGAUGCUAUCAACAAAAGUGGCUCUAUUUUGGAAAUGAAUCAAGUCAAAUAUCAAGAAGAUGCUGAAGGAAAUAUGAAGCUGAAAAUGGAGAAAUAUCUUGAUACCUUCCCCUUUGAUUUCUAUGUCAUAGUGCGUGAUAUCCGAGAACUUCCUGGCGUCUUGUCCUCGGUUCUUCGCCAGUACUUUGCUGAAGUGGCAGAGCAUUGA